AGUCUAACAAGAAGAUUACCUGGACCAGAUAAAACUAGAUAUAAAACUUUAGAAGAUAUUUGUAAAAGUUUUGAUAAAGGUUAGUUUUAAGACGAUAUAAAAAUAUAUAGAAAAAUAUCAGCUUUAACUCUUCGUACUAUAAAGUUAUAUAUUCUAUUGCUUUUGAAUACUAAAGAGAUGGAAUAUUUUAUAGAGAUGGCGUAGUAUCAAUUUUCAUUUUUUCUAUCAAGUUUGUUAUAAGAUUAAAAAUAAAAAAUUUAUAAUAAUAGUCAAUUAUAACUUGUUAGAUAGAAAAAUAAGGAAUAUAAUUAAAUUGUCUUAAAUUCAAUGUGUUGUAGAUGUGUAUCCUAUCCGGAAUAUCCUGUAUAUAAAUUAUAAAUUCUAAUUGACAGCGGAAUGUCUCUUUUUUCCCCUCGAUUUUUGUCAGCGAGGAAAACGCUUUAAAUAAUAACAUUAUUCUUUUUGGUAGUAAUUGUACUUUCAACAUAUUUAUUAGUAGUUUUAUUUAAAACUUUGAAGUAUGUUUUUCCAUGAAUUUUGAUAUUUGAAACACAACCUUCAAUUAUACAAUAGAUGAAUUAUUCAUUAUUAAUUUAAAAUAAAGAAUACGAAUAGUAUUAUUAAUAAGUUAAUUUAAUUAAACAGUAAGAAAAGACUACUUUAUACUAAUUUGUAACUGAACUGAAUAAUCAAUCGUUCUCUUUGUUUUAUCUAACUUUCUUUCUCUCAAUUAAAGUUUGGUUACUUUAUCUUUUUAUUACUUUUUCGUUUUUUAUAAUUAGUCUGUUAAGCUCCAAAAUUUUUGCUUUGUAAGCAGAUAUUGAACUCUAAAAUUUAGCAGAUUUAAUCUACAAAACAGACACUCAUCUCACGCGAGGGAGCGUAAUUAAGCUCAUUAUUAUUCAAACAGUAUGUAUAUAAACGCUUCGUUUCCCUUAAUCCGUACCAUUUCGGAAAGAAAGAUCUAGUAGCAGAUUUUAAAACUUCUAAAUAAAAAAAUGAACCGUUCCAGUGUAUUCUUUAUCGCUUUUGCUUGCCUUCUCUUGGCCUUCCAAAUUAAUGAAAUUGAGGGUCAAUUUUCCUUUAGUCUUCCUGGUCAAUGGGGAAGUGGAAAACGAUCUGGAUCGAACCAAUGUUUAAAAUGGGAUCGUGAAGCAUUUGCUGCUCUUCAACAAGCUAUGAUGGUAUGUAAAGUUUGAGAUAAACCAUAAUAAUUAGAGUGGAAACUUUUCCCUAAUUGUAUAAUAACUCUUUAAAGCUUCAAGCACUUCAUUACCAUAAAUGUAUGGCAGCUGUGGAAAGCAAGCAUUAAAUUUCCAGUAAGUAAACUUGAAAGGAAACUUCUUAUUCUUGUUUCUUUGGAAAAAUGUGUGGCUCUUCGAUAAUCAACACAAUAACAAAAAAAGAAACCAGCGACUGAAAGUUAUAAGUGUAAAUAAAGACAUAUACAUAUAGAUAUAAAUAAUUAAAUAUAUAUAUAUAUAUAUAUAUAUAUAUAUAUAUAU